AUGGCAGCUGGCAGUAAAAGUAAGAAAUCCUGGAAACUUCAAGACAUAAUUGCUCAUUCUAGCAAUAUUUCAUCAUUGGCUUUGGAGAAGACGUCAGGGGAUCUCCUUGCCACAGGUGGGGAAGAUUGUUUCCUGAAUAUAUGGACUAUUAAUCGGCCCAACUGCAUAAUGUGCCUUACAGCUCAUAACACCCCAGUGGAUUGCAUCCGGUUUAGCAGCACUGAGAAACAGGUAGUGGCUGGAUUACGAUCUGGCUCACUAAGAUUAUGGGACCUCAGGACAGCCAAAAUGUUACGAACCUUUAUGGGACACAAAGCUAACAUCUGCAGUCUUGAUUUUCAUCCCUUUGGAGAACAUCUGGCAUCAGGUUCUCUGGACACAAAUAUCAAAUUGUGGGAUGUAAGACAAAAGGGUUGCAUAUUUAGCUAUAAAGGACAUAUGCAAGGUGUGAGGUGUUUAUGCUUCAGUCCUCAUGGAAAGUGGCUGGCAUCAUCUAGCGAUGACAGCACCAUAAAAUUGUGGGAUCUGACUGCUGGCAAAAUGAUUACACAAUUUACCUCACAUUCAGGGCCUGUCAAAGAGAUAGCAUUUCACCCUAAUGAAUAUUUGCUAGCAUCAGGGAGCUCUGACAGAACAGUAAAAUUUUGGGAUCUAGAUAAAUUUCAGAUGAUCUGCUCAACUGAAGUUGAAACAAACCCAGUAAACUGUAUAGCCUUUCACCCUGAUGGAUGGUGUUUAUAUAGUGGAUCCCAGGAUUCACUGAAGGUUUAUACCUGGGAGCCUUACAAAUGCUUAGAUGCAAUGCCAGUGACUUGGGGAAAGGUUGCUGAUAUGGCUAUAUAUAGAAAUCAUCUAAUUGGUGUUUCAUAUAACAUGACCAAUGCCUUCUCUUAUACUGUUAACCAUAAAUCGAGAAACCACGGUUCAUUUGACCAGAACUUCAUUCAGAAUUACAUACCACACAGACAGUUAACAGCUACAGACAACAUUAUGCAAAAAAACUUUGAAAAAACAUUUACCUUGUACAUCAGUUCUCAGCAGAUAAAGAAAAAACCUGACAGUAAUAAUAAGUGUCCUGAAAAAGUACAAAAUUGUUACAGUAAUGAAAAAGAUACAUGUAGGAGUUUUCCUUUUGCUGAAGUCUACAAUGAGAUCUUCCACCCAAAGAAUAUUCCUUCUUGGGCUACCCCAGUGAAGACCAAUACCUUUUCAAACUCUUAUAAUGCCAAAAGCCUUUCAGCUAAACUCAAGCCUCAGUUAGAUAUGGCUCCUGUGACCGAAAGAAUUAACUUUGAAAGGUCAGGUUUGCUGCCUUUUUCUCUGUUUACAUCUGUUAACAGAGUAAAACCAACUAUAGUCUCCCCAACCACCUGGACUCAUCGCACUCAUAUCUCAUCACCAAGAGAAAUGGAACUUGCAUUCAUUCAUUCCUUCCAAAAACACCCAAUUGGAUUAAAUCCAGCUGAGUUUUUACCCCCAGUGAAGAAUGAUGAAAACAUACUGUUAGAGAUUGUAAGGGAUCAUGAAGAUAUGUGUGUGGUACUGUCAACCAGGCGCAAAAACCUGAACCAAGUGCGAGCUACAUGGAGUACAGGUGAUAUCAAGACUUCAUUGGAACUGGCAGUAACUAUAAAUGACAUGUCCACUAUAGUGGACAUUCUGAAUAUAAUAAAUUUUAAACCUUGCUUUUGGAAGUUGGAACUGUCUGCUUUAGUACUUCCACAAAUUGAAAAACUACUGCAAAGUAAAUAUGAGACUUAUGUUCAGACAGGAUGCAUGUCCUUGGAGUGUAUAAUUCAGUGUUUACUACCGUUAAUAGUUGACAGACUUUCAAUACCUCCUUCAACUGAUUUUGACAUGCUUGACAUGCCUCAAGAAGGCAUACAUCAAACAUGUAAGGCAUGUUACAAGCAGUUGAAGAAUCUCCACAAUGUUGUUAAGAGUAAGGCUGGUUUAGUGGGGUAUAAUGCCAGUACUUUACAAGAGUUAUACUUAUUAUUGACUUCAUUAAAAUGA